AUGAAUCAAGAGUUUAAUGAAAAAUCGGUUUAUAACGUAUUCAUUUAUCACAAAAUGAACAAUUAACUCAUAAUUAAUGAAAUAUACCAGAGAUUUAAUUACUUAAACAAAAGAGAUUUCCAAACCGAGUCAAUCAUCUUUUUGAAGAGUAAAUAAGAGUUAAAAACUAAAAUUAUUAUUCUUAAAGUAAAAAUGGUAAGGAUUGAUUGA